CCCGCCGCCGCGAGGACCCACAGCCAAGAUGGCGGCACUCGUAAUGCGGAGUCGCUGCCUCCUGCGGCUCUCUGUGGCCCUGGGUCUUAAGUCCCGCAGCUACCGUGCGCCUCCGCCCCCGCGCCGCCGCCCCGGGCCCCACUGGCCAGACCCUGAGAACCUGCUGACCCCGCGCUGGCAGCUAACGCCGCGCUAUGCGGCCAAGCAGUUCGGGCGGCACGGCGCCGUGUCUGGGGUGUCCCCCGCCUCCCUGUGGCCGACCCCGGAGCAGCUGCGCGAGCUGGAGGCCGAGGAGCGAGAAUGGUACCCAAGCUUAGCGACCAUGCAAGAGUCGCUGCGUCUGCAGCAGCAGGCCGCGGAGGCAAAGCGUCAAGCCAGGGAGCAGCAUAUCGCAGAGUGCAUGGCCAAGAUGCCACAGAUGAUUGAAAACUGGCGAAAGCAGAAGCAAGAACGCUGGGAGAAAAUUCAGGCUGACAAGGAGCGCAGGGCCCGGUUACAGGCUGAGGCUCAGGAACGCCUCGGCUACCACGUGGACCCAAGGAGUGCUCGAUUCCAGGAACUAUUACAGGACCUAGACAAGCAGCAACGCAAGCGCCUGAAGGAAGAAAGACAGCGACAGAAGAAGGAGGCACGAAUUGCCGCUAUGGCUUCUGCUGAAGCCCAGGACUCUGCAGUGUCUGGUGAAUCCAGCUCCUCAAAUUCCCUUUCCCAAUAAAGCUGACAGCCCAUAUUCUA